AUGCACAAGGUUCACGGUGCUGGAGGCAAGCGCUUCUUCGACGCCACCAACCGUGCACUUGUCGAGCCGCUCACACAAGGCGCAGGGAUCUGCAAGGGCCGGUUCCAGAGGGCCCGCCUUACCGUCGGGGGCAUGGCCGUCAACAUCGACGUUGCAUUUAGUGCCGUUCUCAAAUCUGGCAACAUGCGCGAUGUCGCGGCGCAGACUCUCAGCAAGGGAGGAGGAGCCGGCUAUGGCGACGCAGAUUCGCGCCCAGCACAGUUCAAGGGCAUCUCCGAUGAUGCCGCAGCCAACAUGACCUUCCAGAAGGGUGGCAAGACAGCGAGCAUCGUGCAAUACUACCGCAACACGUGCAACGUGAAGAUCAGAUAUCCGCGUCUUCCUUGCAUCGACAUUGGUGGCGGCGGCAACUACAUCCCGAUGGCGCUUUGCAUCAUCUCUUCCGCCAUGACGCUCCCUCCGUCGUUUUCGCCGAUGCAGAUCGUGGACAUGAUCAGGCUGUCCGCACAAAGGCUGACUGGCCGCCAGGCGUGCACAGCCUUGAUCCGCGCCGAGCUUGCGCGCGAGAAGAGCGACCCCGUCGCUUUCAUUGACUCGUCGAACAGGCGCAACAGUAAUCAGAUUCGCGCGCAGCUCAACGCGGAUAGCCGUGCAUCGCAGGAGAUCAUCUUGAAAGCUCAAGGCAUCAUGACGGACCAUCUGGCCGGAUGGCACAAGUCCCAUAGCAAAAAGCUUCCCAGCAGCAUUCUCAUCUUCCAGAAGGGCAUAUCCGAAGGGCAGUGCAGCACUGCGCACGCAAGUCAGCCUCGUCGACAUGGCGUGCGCCCGUCGAAUGACGUCGGCCUGCACGAUGCAAUCGGCUUCACGUCCGAUGAGCUCCAGCGCUUGAUGAACUCGCUCGCCUUGGCGUACUGCCUUGCCACGCGCUCCGUCUCGAAGAGUCCACUGAGCUACUAUUCGGAGGUACUCUGCGAAAAGGCGCGCUUGCUCGUCUGCUCUGCAGCUAGCAGCAGCGCCGCGGGCGGGAGCGGCGUGCAGCAGCCUGCUUCCAAGCUCGACGCCAUGGAUGCGCUCAGCCCGAGACUGAAUUCUCUGAGAGCAGCUUCGUUUUUUACCCCCGUAUAG